AUGGCGGAUCUAUCCGCGAAGAGACCGCCUGAAGCUCCGGAGGGCGAUGGCUCCGCCUCACAGCUGAACACGCCUGGCCUCGAAAUGGUGCCUUCAAGUGCCACGGACAGCAUUGAUGAACAGCAGAAUGCUGGACUGGACAUGUUGGUCAGACGCUUGCACGACGAAGUCAUGCAAAAGCUGGAGGACCAAAACCUGCUAUUGAAGAAGGCGCUGCAAAGGAAGAUUGAACCUCCGGCGCCGCCGGUGUUGUUUGACGUUCAGGCUGCAGAUUCGAAUCCUUCAAGCCCAUCGAUGACAUACAGUCCUGUUGUGCGUGAAGUGCCGUCACUUAGCGUUGGCACUGGCAGCGCAAGCGUGCAGGGACCUGACAGAGAAUACAGAAACAAAGUGUGUACCUACACUAGCUUUGAUAUGCAGCUCAGGGAGGGGGCUGACACGUUGUCUAGCCGUAAGUCAAGAAAGGACUUCGCAGAAAUCAAUUGCAAGCAAGAUACGCCUUGUGAGCGGCCGCCGAGAACGGAGAGGCUGAAGAAAUUCGUACGACAUCCGUACUUUGAUGUCUUCUUCGCUGUUGUGGUGCUCACCAAUGCAGUUUUUAUUGGCAUUGACCUCCAAAUACGAUUGACGAGACACGGGGAUCAGCCAAUCGCUUUGCGGGUUAUACAGUACUUCUAUGCCCUCUUAUUUGCAGUCGAGCUUGCCUUGCGAAUACUGGCCUUCGGCAGGAGGCUCCUCCUGUCUGAAGACUGGAUGUGGAGCUUGCUUGACAUCUUCAUUGUUGCAACAUCGCUAUGGGAAAUUGCUGCGGGCAUCAUGCGAGAGGUCGGCAUGGAGGACGUGAGCAGCAUCGGCGGAGUAUCCAGCCUGAAGGCUUUCAGGAUAAUUCGCUUGACGCGCAUUCUGAAGACCGUCCGAGUAAUCCGACUCUUUCGCUUUGUCCUGGCACUGAGAACUCUGAUCACCUCUAUCUUCUCAACUCUGAAGUCGUUGUUCUGGGCUCUGAUGCUGUUGACACUUAUUGUUUACGUGUUCGCCAUACUUUUUGCACAAGCGAUUAGCGACUAUCUCGAGACUCCUGAUGCCGUCCAACUUCCUGAACGGGAACUCCUGGCGACCGAGAGAUACUACGGUGAUCUCUUCAACACCAUGCUCAGCCUCUUCAUGUCGAUUGUUGGCGGCGUCAGCUGGGAAGAGGUGAUGACGCCGCUCAAAUAUAUUUCUCCAAUCUGGGUUGUGCUCUUUAUGUUCUACAUCUCCUUCACAUUCCUGGCAGUGUUGAACGUGGUGACGGGAGUAUUCUGCCAGUCCGCGAUUGACAGCGCGCAAAGUGAUCAAGCCAUGAUGGUGCAGAACAUUCUGGACGACAAGCAAUCCCACCUGCAAAAAAUCAAUGCGUUGUUUAGCCAACUUGGUGCCGAUGGCUCAGGGGCUAUCACAUACGAGAUGUUUGAAGAAAAGUUAAAGUCUCCAGCAGUCCAGCAAUAUUUUCAGACGUUGGGCUUAGAUGUCUGGGAUGCGUGGUCUUUUUUCAAGCUUCUGGAUCAAGAUGCGGGCGGUUCAGUGGAAGUGGAAGAGUUUUUAAUGGGAUGCCUGCGCCUACGUGGUCAUGCGACCGCCAUCGAUGUGGUCAAGAUUUUGCAAGAUCAGGCGUGGAUCAUACAAACAUCGGAUCGAUUCCACACGUACGUGCACGUGGAACUUGCGGGUAUCAAGGAAGACCUCGAAGCUGUCACUUCAUUGCUCGGAAAUGGUGGGCGCCAUCAACAGCACACGGCGAACCCGCAGUCUUUGACCAGAGAGGUUUGA